AUGUGUAGCCAUUUUCCCUCUUGCUGGAACGGAGUCGACCUUGACUCUCCCGACCAUCAAUCCCACAUGUUCUCGACGACACGAGGCGGCUUCCGCCCGGCAGACCCGUGUCCUGCAUCGCAUCCCAUCAAGAUGCCUCAGCUAGCAUACGAAACAAUGUGGAAUACAACUGCCUUCGCCGACAUGUGGCCAACCGAUGAUUCGCAGCCGUUUGUGUGGAGUUAUUCCGAUAGCAAGGGCUACGGUACUCAUGCUGACUACGUGUUUGGGUGGAAGGGGGACAGCUUGCAGCGAGUAAUGAACGAUAGUUGCAUGUUCCAUAAUUGUGGAAGUCCGGGUAUUCAAGGUGUGCUGAAGACUCAGACUGUGGAGGAGAUGAACGCUUGCGCGGUUGAUAGCUCCGUCGACGAAGAGGUGGAUGGGUGGCUCGAUCAUCUGCCGGGGUACGAGAUGGAAGUCUAG